UGUCUUUUGGUAGAAGAAUGCUUGUCACCUACUCCUUUUAAGUUCCCAAUCUCCCAAAGGCCAAAGCUUUAUUAGAGUUUUAGUGAGAGAGAGAGGGAGAGAAAGCAAAAGAAGAGAGAGAAAGUCUGAAAAGCUUGAUACUUGGUUACUUGCUUGCCUUGUUCUGCUCUCUGCUCUCUGCUCUCUGCUCUCGUCUUCUUCUUCAGUAAGUAAUGGAGAGGCACAGAUGCAAGCUCUGCCAUCGGAGCUUUGCGAAUGGCAGAGCUUUGGGUGGUCACAUGAAGGCUCACCUAGCCACACUCCCUCUCCCUCUUCCUCUUCCUCUUUCCCCUAAGACCCCCGAACCAGCUUCGUCUUCCUCAUAUUCCUCGGCCCAAGAAGAAGCUGAAGCUGAAGGUGACGACAACAAGGCUCUGGCUUUGGCUUAUGGGUUGAGAGAGAAUCCCAAGAAAAGUUACCGCCUUGCAGAUCCUGAGUUUUCUUUUGCAGCGGCUGAUACUGGCUCGGUCGUCAUUCAGGACAGGGAGAGCGAGACCGAGUCGAGAAACCCAACUCGGCGGCGAUCCAAACGGAAUCGUCGACCCAGUGAAAGAAGAAUACCCAGUUGGGUUGUUGAUUCACCGUCGACGGAGCCAGAACCGGUGAGUUCGGUCUCCGAUACUUCCCCUGAGGAAGAUGUUGCUAUGUGCCUUAUGCUGCUUUCGAGGGAUGUUUGGGAACAAGAAGAUCAGGAGAAGACUAUAACGAUAAGAUCAGUCAAUGAUGAAGACGAAGUGGUUGUGAAAAAGUUGAGGAGAGUUGGAGCCAAGCACAAGUGUGAUAAGUGUAGCAAAGUGUUUCGAUCUCACCAAGCAAUGUGUGGUCACAAGAAGAUUUGUUCGAUGAAUGAAACUCAUGAGGCUGCUAAGAAUGGUGCUGGUGGUGAUAAAAUCUUUGAAUGUCCUUACUGUUACAAAGUUUUUGGGUCGGGACAAGCUCUUGGUGGACACAAGAGAUCUCACCAACUCAACUCAUCAUCAUCUUCUGCAACUGCAACCGCAACUGCAGCUGCAACUGCCAUGCCUAUCAUCAUCACUAGUACCAGCACCACCACUACCACAACUAAUAACUCAGUAAAGCACAGAGAUGGUUUGAUAGAUCUCAACUUGCCUGCUCCUUUGGAAGAAGAUGACUUUAGUGUCUUAUCUGAUGCUUGAUCGAGAUCUGUAACACCAAAACAUAAAUGGGGUUCUCUUCUUUUCUCUUCUCUUCUAUUCUAAGCCAUUGUUGUCCAUAGAUCAAAUGAUCAUCAUCCUUGCUCUUCAUCAUUUUUUUGUUUCCUUUUAUUACAGUUCUUUUCUUAUUUGUUAUUCGACUAUGAUAUGUUUUCAAGUGUUCAUUGUUUACUUACAUCAGUAGUAGUAGUAGUUGUCGUAGUAGUAAGCAAUUUAGCUCACAAUACAUAAUAUCUCUAUGUAUGUAGGUGAGUGAAUAGGACAUUAGUAGGGAAAAGAAAAAUGUAGUCUUUUUAAUUUGUUGAAUAGUAAACCUUUACAACUCUCUCUCAGACUCAGUUUUAGUACAUGUUGGUCUCUCCCAAAAGUACAAGCUCAUCAAUUCUGUGCUCUAGUUCCAGCUGUUCUGCUCUUUCUUUCUUGUAAACACAACACAACCUCAUAUCUGUUUUAACUUUUUUUGAUUAAAAAAUGUAUCUAUAGUUGUUGCU